AUGUCAAAGGAAACAAAAGCAUCAAAAUCAAUCAGUUAUUUAACUGACAAGCAAUCUUCGUCGUUAGAUAUUACAAAGGUCAAGUCAGAUACACAAAUUGAUGAUAUUGUUUUGCAGUCGAAUAAUUCAUCAAUUCAUACUGAACCAUUUGCUGAUUAUACUCAACAAUCAUUGUCCUUAACAACAAAAAAGAAACCUAUUGAACCACUAAUAUUAUCGACUCAUUCAUCAGAAUUUGCUUAUGAUAAAUCACAGUCAUCUAAUAGCGAUUGUCCUACAGUUGAUCAAUUAACAAAUGAAGUAUCAUAUGAUGAUAUUAAAUCUCAAGAAAGUUCUUCAAAUGUUGUUGAAAAACAACGAGAUAAUGCUGAACAGCUAUACAACGACAAUCUUGGGAUUCAUCAAAUGAAACUGUUUGUGGAUGAAUUAAAAGGUGAAUUUAUUAAAAGAUUUGAUCAAUUUCACACACAAAUUAAAGGUCUUGAGCAAAAAAUCGAACAUGUGGAUAAAAGACUUAAUAAAAAAAUUGAUCAGCUUUCUCAAAAAAUCGAUAACAUUUAUGAAACAAAUGCAACACAAUUAAUAUUAAAUCGACUUCGCGCUGAUCAUAAUCUUGAUGUUCCUUACACGCCAACUUAUCGAAUGUUUAGUAAAAAUUACUCUACAUAUACUGAAAAUCUAUUUAAUCGUUUUGAAAAAUAUUUAAAACAUAAUUAUGAACAUUUAUGGAAAAAGAUUCAUCAAGACAUAUUAAUUUCUACUCAACCAGAACAAAUGGAAUUCGAUAUUUUAGGUUUUAGUUUUGAACAUUCAUCAAAAGAACGUACACUUAUUGCAUCUCCAAAUUUACAAGCUAUUUCUGCACUAUCAUCAUAUAGCUUUGUGAAACCAUUUCAAGCAAAUACGGUAAUCAUUGCUGAAGUUACUACCUCAUUUCUGUCUUUUCAUAAUGACGAUCUUUCACUUUGCGAAAAAAAGAAAAUUUCUUCAAGUCUAAUCAAUAUUGAAAGAAAAAAAUCAUCAUUUAAAUUGUUCCAAAAGCUUCUUCAGUUAGAACGUGGUCUUGCGUUUAUUUUAUUAUAUUAUGGAAUUCAAUUCGAAUAUGUACUAGUUGUACUUUUUGGGCGGUUUAAUGAUUCGAAAAACCAUCGAUCACCUGAAUAUAUUUAUCGAAUAUUAUUUGAAUCUUCAUUUUCAAAAAACAUUCCUUUACUACAUCAAUUAUAUCUGCGUGAUCGUGAUGGACAUAAUAAACAAAUUUAUUUUAUUUGUUAG